CGGUAGUUCAACCACAGAUGCAAACCAGUUGGCAGCAGGCAAGCCAAAGUGCUGCAUAAGCUGAUCAAAACCCACCUGGUGUAGAGACCACGCGCCAGAAGCUAAGAUCUCUGCUUAGCCAGUCGGCGGUGAGGAUCUCGGUUCAAGCCAGGUGCCUGGCCAUUAGAUGAACCCUGUGGGCCUUGACCCAGCUAUGAAGGACUCCCUCAUGAGAGCAUGGUGAUGGGAAGACCCAUGCCUGUUCACCAUGACAACAGCUGUCACGUCACAGCCAGGACCCGCUUGUCUGGGGCUAUUGCGCACAGAUGGAACAGUGCCAGAUGGAUCGCGCGGAGGUUGAUGACGUUGAUCCUGGAGGGAUUGUAAGCAGGAGGAUCAGGUCCAUCUCAACCACAAGCUGCUCGUUGAAGAAGCCAAGAGGCUUCCCCUGGUUGACAUUGGCUGGAAGGGCUCACCAGUGGAGGUCCCUGACUGUCCGGAGAGAGGCCUAUAGUGCCCGAGACUGGGUCCCAUGGAGCCAAAAGACACCACUGCAGGACUCGCAUGCAUAAGCAGGUCCAAGGGAGGACACUGAUUGUGGCAGACAGGUGGCCAAGGAGCAUCAGAAAAGACCGGGCCGAGCCACCACGAGUGGUCAACAGAGAAUCAACCCAACCCAACAUAGCAAUCACCAUCUCGGGUGUGAAGAAAGCCAAAGCCUGGACAGUGUUGAGGAUAGCAUCCAAAUGCUUUAGGCGUUGCGAGGGGAACAGAUAACACUUGGCCCCAUUGAAGACAAAGCCAUGGGCCUAUAGAGCCAAGAUCACUGCCCACACCGAGGACUCUAGGAGCUACUUGGUUACCUCCCAAAUUAUUAAGUCGUCCAGGUAGGCAUAGAUGUGGUGGGCCUGCCGCCUUAGCAUGACCACAAGGACCAUCAGGACUUCGGUAAAAAAAAAAAACCCAGAGUAAGGUAAAGUGAAAGACAGAAUUGGCAGUGAUGAUCCAUCAUGCACUGGUGCUGGUUAGCCAGAAUGGGGACGUGCAGGAAGGCAUCCUUGAGGUCUAUGGCCAUGAGCCAGCCCAGGGGUUGGACGGCCCUUGCCAAGGAGGCCAAUGACUCCAUCUUAAUUCGCCUGUGUGACUGGCGUCUCUGUGUGUGUCCCUCAGUCGGGGGCUAUGGGUUUCUCCCACCCAGCUCAGCCGGUCUCCUCCUCUCCCAGCAGCAACAGCAGCAGCAACAUGGGAUUCUACGCAAGCACAGCCUGGCUCGGUUGGAAAUGUCGGCCGAUAUCCUUCGGCAGAAGGAGCUCGAGAGCCUGCACAGUCACCAGAGGCUGCUCGAGGCUCACUCGCAGCUGCAGCCCCACCCUCACUCAUUCCCUCAACCCCUCUCCAACCCAUACCCUCACCUGCACACUCACCAUGUCAUCAGUGGGAACUCAGCAGAGACCGCGCGUCACAGCGCGCUGAUGCUGUUGCAGCAGCGGAACUUGCAGCAUCAGCUGAGCCAUCGGCAUCAGCCGCACCUUCUGACGCACCCGCUGAGCGUGAGCCAUGCUCGCGGGCUGCUGCUGGCCAGCCGCGCUUCACACCCCUUGGGAAGAAGAGGUGGAACGCGAAAGUCAUCUGGCCAAAAAGUCACGGCGUACGUGACCCAAGACGCCGCUGCGCCGAUGGCAGUGAUGAAGAGAGAGCCUCGCUCGCUGGAGGAGAACAACAGCGACAAUGGCAGCCGUGACUCGGAUGGAGACGGACGCGAAGGGAAGGAGCAGCGGAGCGAUCGGGGCGACGCGCGGCAUGGUCGCGACCUCUCGGAUGACUCGAUGGCGGCAGAGGGUGGCGACGCAGGCGACGUCGGUUCACGGCGCGCUGAGGCCGCGGGCAAGAGCUCCCAGGAGAGUUUGUCAAUACCCUCAGCUGCUCCUCUGCUCUCCUCCUUGUCCCCAUCGCCGCAGACCUCGGUGUGUCCGCGCCCCUCUUCCCGGCCCAGCUCCCCUCGCCUGCCAUCCGUGACUCUGCAUCACUCGGCGCCGGACACCAUGGAGGCAGCAAGGAACCCCGCAGUGAUAGCUGCGGCCACCGCAAGUGGCACGACCCGCUUGCCGGCAGCCUCGCGGUUGCUGCUGCUGCCCUCGAUACUCGGGCCGUCAAGCUCACCGGCACACUCUCCAACAGCCCCCCUGAGACACGGCGCCACGUCGGCGCCUCUACCAAACACGGGCCUUCCCCGGCACGUGGGUUACGCGAGGAGUGACCGUUGGCCAACAUCCUCACCAGGGUUUCCCUCCGCGCUGUCCCCGUUGAGCCACGCGAGGCCGGCGCGGCCCGGGAGAGGGCCGGGCGAGGAGAUGGCGGAAGACGGCGACCCUGGCACCAUGAGCGCCGCGGAGGAGGAAGACAUGAGGGCGUGGAGCGUGGACAACGUCUGCACCUUUGUUGCUGCGCUGUCUGGGUGUGCGGAGUCUGCGCAGGCGUUCCGCCACCACGCCAUUGAUGGAGAGACGCUGCCCCUGCUCACAGAGACACAUCUCCUGUCCACCCUGGGCCUCCGUCUGGGUCCCGCGCUCAAGAUUCUCGCCCAGGCAGGGUCCCGCGUCGCACGUAGUUAGUGAAGUAGGAAAACGUGCGCACUUCAUGGAAACCAACAUUUCUACCUUGUGAACAGACGUGUCCGCUAAGUGUGCGAGAGGUGUUUGAUGAUGCAUGCAUGUGUUUGCUCCGGGAACUGCAGGUGGCCAGAAAGAUCGACAGAAUGGUUUGCGUGACCGAUAUCACCACUGCAGCGUCUGUGCGGUCCACAAUCGCCACCGAUGCAAGUGCUGCUCCUGUUGAUGCCUUUGUGAGUGCAUAUCAAUCUCCUCUACCAACUGAACCUUUGGACCAACACUCUCUACAACAUUACCCUGAAGACUACAACACAAUAAUUGAGAAUUAUCCCGAAACAUCUACGAGAGCCAACUGUCCCAUGAAGCCGUACGACUCCAAAACGAGCAAGACCUCCACGAGUAGCUUAAGAGAUGCAGCCAGCACCACCACCAACUCCAGUGCCGCAUCCUCACCUGAACAACCACCAACCAUGCAGCGUGAAUCUGACUUGGAGCUCACGACUAUUGCCAAAGCACUGAAGGGCUCUGCUCCGAGCAUCAUGGGUGACAGAGAGGUGGCAGCGCAGUGGUGACGCUUGUGACUCAGCAAGAGGGGACCUGGGUUCGAUUGCCGACUCGGGCGCCUUUCUGAGUGGACUUUGUACUGUAUGUUAUCCCCCUGUUGUGCAUGAGUUUGUCCCGGGUGCUCUGGUUUCCUCCAAUUCCUCCCAUAUCAUGUUUCAAGCGUGAGCCCCUGUAAGUUGCAGUGAAUGUAAAUUCUGCAGUGAACGUUGGCUGUGUGCUGAGGCAGGUCAGCAAAUUCCACGUAUUUAAAAGAAAUGGGUUUAUUGGACCAUGUAACAAAACAGAUCUAAAAAAAUGCACGCAUGAGAACAGUCGAACAUUACUGCAUUGGCGAAGUCCCAAACAAGAUGCAUUGGUAAAAAAACUUAAUUCAAAACAUCUCUUUGUAAAAGUUGCCCAGGGCAGCCAAAUACUACAAUAGAACUCGCACGAAUCCAUGAAGUCUCCCUCACCUAGCAGUGCUUGCAUUUGCUCUCACCUCUGUGCAAGCCUCAUCCCUGUAUACGUACACAUAGUCGAAUGUUCUUGUAUCGCUGCAAUGAAACGCUUUAGCUAUCGUGGUCGUGAACUACGUAGGCAUAGUUAGAACAUUUGACAGCGGUGGUUCCCAAGUUGUGGUCUGCACGGCACUGGUGCAGGCUCCAGCCAGACCGUGUGAGGAGUGCUCCGUGGAGGUGCUGCAGAUACGGUCAUUUUCACAAAACGCCGGAUAGUUUUACUGCGCCUUGUUCUGUGCAAAUACGUUGAGGGCUAACGGCGAUCCGCAGUACAAAAAGGCUGGGGACCGGUUUUACAGCAUGUACCUUAAUCUCGGCAAAUGUGUGCUUAUGAUGAGGCAGCAAUAUUGAAGUUUUUGAAGAUGAUAACAUUAGAUUAAUCACAUGGCAUGAACAUUCAUAAAAUCUGGGAGGAAGAUUUGUCACGAAGCAUCCUGAUGGUGAUGGUUUUUACUCAUGUACCGAUGAACUUUGAAACAUCUAACUUGUACCACCAGUUACAUGGAGAAUGUGAAGCAGAUAAGCAUCACUCUCCUCCAUCAGUGGAACAGUUCUACAUAUACAAUGUUAUAACCGCACGUCGAAUGCCACGUGAUCGUAACAGACCCCUGCUGCACGGCUGGCCCUGGCAGGGCCGCCUGCGAAUUACAGUUUCUAAAAUUGUUCCUUUAAGCAGAAGUCUUAAUGCAUUAACAUUACCAGAAAUGUAUGGUAACCUCAUUUUAAACAAUACUAUAUAUACACAGAUAUAUAUUUCAUGACGGAAGGACAUGUAUUUACAAGAAACCUCUUUGUUCUGAACGUCACAAACCGGGAAAAACGAAACUGGGUCAUUACGAGCCAACACACUUCAGGUGACAGUGAACCGAGGACCCAUCAUGAAAAUAAUGCCAGUGACCUCUGCCAACCAGAAACACUCUACCUGGGAGAGCAUAGACUCCCCAAUAGCGCUUCACUCGCCCAUGCCACACAUAGCGUGCCACUCCGGACCACUGACCGCGACCCUCUACCGUGGACUCUGUGACUCCCGGCCAGGACUCCCUCCUGUAAUACCGUUCCAUGACUCCAGACCGUGACUUCGGACCGCAACUCUGUACCACAACUCCCUAUCCCUACCACGGGCAUCAUCGAUCUCCCUUGUGCCCCCAGCCCCAACUCCCUGAUCUGUCCGCGCCGUGGAUGUGCAAGUAAAGGAUCGCACAGUGACACCACUCAGCCGCUUGCCAGCACACUGCUGUAUGCGGAAGCAAAAAUAAAACGUGGAAUGUACAAGUACCGUCUACACACUUAAUCAGUAACCACCCUCUAAAGGAGACGGCUUUUAACGUCCAACAACAACCGUUUCCCAUUGUUGGCUAAAUAGCAAUUCAUAUUUCACAGUAAUUUUGCAUGCAAAUUUUACAAUAAAACAUUUAACGCCGUUAUUUUGAAUGAAAGGCAAAAAGUAAAACUGCACGAGUAAGAGCAGAAACACGCGUGCAAGAGGAGUCGUUGGAGCGGUGACGGCAGCGAGUGUCGCCGGGCCUAAACACACGCCAUGCUCACGGCCUUCGUGUAGGCCAGAGGCGAGUGCGUGGUCGGCUUUGUACCUGCUUUAUUCCGUUACUACAGCCACCGUUGCUGAUCUAUACACUCUGGAGUGUAAAACAGAUAAACGUGAUAUUAUAAACUUUACAAUGUACAAGUUUUUUUUUCCAAUUUUCCUGUUUUUCUAGUGACGCCAGGCCUCACAGGUCACUAUUGACCGGCCGUUACUGGCUUGUACGCAUACGCAUCGCCGCUCAGUGCACAAAGCGUUAUACUUUUACGUCCUUUAGUAGUCCCACCUCUAGUCAUACCGCAACACUCACUGUGAGCAGGCGUCCGUCUACACAACGGCAUCCGCACGACGGUGAAAUCCUACUAAACGCGCAAGAGUCGGUUGCAGUGCCUAGUGAACGGGACGCGGCACCAUCACGGCCGCGAGAGAGUCGAGACAAACAGCGGCCUCCACGGCACCGCUCGAGGAGACGGGGCAAGGCCGGCAGGCUGUGGUGAGAGACGAGACCACGAGACCUUGAGCUCCGCGCUCGGGCACGUAUCGUCACCAGUUCCACCCACAAUUUGAAUCAAAGUCAGAAAGCUUCCUUCUCAAAAUAAAAUUAACCAGAAUCUCUUAUGAAAAGCAUUAAUAAUUCCAUGAAGUUAACAUUUGUGACAAGUCCCUACCACAGUGUCUUACCUCAUCACACCAACUCCUUCAUCUCCUACCCUGAACGCUGCCCCCAGCCCGACAGUCCCAUCCAUAUGUCCAACCCGUUCGGAAUUAAUUUUGUAUAUUUUAUAUUCCAAUUGUGUUAUGGUUAGUGGCAAAUUAUGAGAUGAAUCAGCUUCCCAAAGUGGCUCCCGGUGAGUAGAGCACCACUGUUCCAGGGAACAGCUCCCAGGUUGUGACAUCACAGCUACUGGAGUUGCUUCGAGCGAAGUUUCUCAUCCCACAUUGGACAGGUUCCCUUGUUCUUUAUCAGGAGACUAAUCUCUAGCAACACAAUAGCCGAGGUAUACCUAGCUCUGCGAUCUUACAUUUACUUGCAAAUUCCAUCUCUAGCCCCACCCACUUAUCCUUGGGUUGUACCCAUCUCAAACCUAUAUAACCUUUGGCUGCAGUAGCUCUCUUGCUA